GCGGUGCGUUAGCGGUGCGAGCCCUCGGGCCGUGCCCCGGCUGCUGGUGGGUCUGGCUCCUUAGUGCUUGUCAGUGAAGUGAGGGCCACGUGUCUGUAGACCUUCAAAGUAGGGUAAUUGCUCUCAGAAGAGACCUUUGAUUCCUCGACUCAGAGAGGCUGGUAGAGGAACAGUAGCUGGAAAAUUCAAGAAGAGCUCCAAAUUUUUUUUGAACACGAAUGGGUAAAAAAGUAAAGAAGGAAGCAGAGUCUCCACCCAAGGAUGUGUUUGAUCCUUUAUUGAUUGAAAGCAAAACACCAGCAACAGCUGUGCUAAUGCUUAGUUCUCCUGAAAAUGAAGUUUUGGCCAAAGCAUGUGAUGCUCUAUAUAAAUUUGCAUCAAAAGGUGAUGAAAACAAACUGACACUUCUUGGUCUUGGAGCACUGGAACAUCUGUAUAAACUCCUCUCACACGAAGAUCCAAUUGUACGCAGAAAUGCUGUCAUGGUAUUUGGCAUCAUGGCUUCUAAUCAUGAUGUCAAGAAGUUACUGAGGGAACUGGAUAUCACAAAUUCACUUAUAUCACAGCUAUCGCCAGAAGAAGACGUAGUUGUCCAUGAGUUUGCUACUCUUUGUCUAGCACAUAUGGCUGUUGAGUAUACUACUAAAGUAAAAAUAUUUGAGCAAGGUGGGUUAGAGCCACUUAUCAGACUCCUAGGUAGCCCUGAUCCUGAUGUUAAGAAGAAUUCAGUUGAAUGUCUCUACCUUUUGGUACAGGAUUUUCAAAACCGUGCUGCAGUUCGUGAACUGAAUGUAAUUCCCCCCUUGCUGGGACUACUGGAAUCUGAAUACCCGGUCAUUCAGUUGUUAGCCCUUCAAACCUUAGAAGUAAUUAGCAAAGACAGAGAAACCAGGAUAAUACUGGGAGAAAAUAAGGGAUUAGAUUUCCUUCUGAAUAUACUGGAAAACAAUGAACUCAGUGAUCUACAUAUUGAAGCUCUUGCUGUGUUGGGAAAUUGCCUUGAAGAUGUGCAUACUCUGCAACUGAUUCAGCUGACAGGAGGCAUUAAAAAACUACUUUCAUUUUUAGAAAUCUCUACUGUUCCUGGUAUUCAGAAGAAUGCAGCAAAGGCAAUUACCAAGGCAGCUUUUGAUGCUGAAAUCCGAAAAAUCUUACAUUGGGAAGAGGUUGAGAAAUUUCUCCUAAACCUUUUGGAAACUAACAAUGAUGAAGUUAAAGUUGCUGCUUCCCAAGCUAUUUCUGCCAUGUGUGGGAAUAUAGACAGUAAAAGUGUCCUUGGACUCCAGGGGAUUCCCCAGCUAGUACAGUUGCUAAGCAGUAAUAAUGAAGAGGUAAAAGAAGCUGCAGUGACAGCAUUAAGUAAUUUGACAACAGCCAGUCCUAGAAAUGCAAGUGUUGUUGCUGAGGCUGAAGGAAUUGAGCCAUUAAUGAACACCUUGAAUGCCCAGAGAGAUGGAGCCGUUGCCAAUGCCAUUGCAGUGGUAACAAAUCUGUCCCUGCAAGAGCCAUCCCGCGUCAGUAUCCAGAGCCAUGGUAUCAUGCGUGCCCUAGCAGGCCCACUGCGCUCAACCAACAGCCAAGUGCAGAGCAAAGCUGCGUUUGCUGUGGCUGCCUUUGGUUGUGAUGCUGAUGCACAAACUGAGUUAAGAAAUGCAGGCGGACUGGGACCACUCAUUGAAUUGCUGCAUUCUAAGAAUGAAGAAGUCAGAAGAAAUGCCUCUUGGGCUCUUAUGAUCUGUGCAAGUGAUGAACUAACUGCUCUUGAACUGUGCAGCCUAGGUGCUUUAGACAUCCUAGAAGAAAUUAAUCUGUCAACAAAGCGUAAAAAUAAGUUUAGUGAAGCUGCUCUGGAAAAGCUACUUGAUAACAAUCUUUCCCAAAAGUACAGCCGGAUGGGAUAUUUAUCAUCAAGUAAUAUUAUUACUAAUGGAUUCUAUGAUUGUGGUCAGAUAAAACAUGGAAAGAAAUUUUUGUCUUUGGAAGAACUAAGCAAGCAAGGGCUUACUGACCGUCGGGCAAUAAUCUUCAUUAAUGCUAAACCCCAAGAAAAUGUUGUUGUAGAGAAGGCACAAGAUGUGUCACCAUCUCUUUCAGGAACAAGCAGUAGAGAAAAAGCGAGUUCAGUGGUAUCUCCAACAGAGGGAAAGCAGGAGUUAUCUGGACACAUCAGCAAAAGCAGCACUAGAGGAAAAGGCUUAAGAAAAGGGAAGGGGGAAAAAGAAGAGGAAAAACCAAAAGAAGUUAUUAACAUUACACCUCAAGUCCAGGAGGAAAUAAAUGUAGAACAUUCCCACUGGCUACCACCACCUGACUUCAUUUUAAUGGAUUACAUUAAUGAUGCUUCCAGAACAAUUCUACCACUAACUACUACCCGGGAACAGGUUGUGGCUCUUGCACAGUUUGUUGCGGACAAGAUGGGUGGCCCUGUUGAAAUAGAGAAACUACACAACUUCAGCUGGGAACUUCAGAUAAGUGAAAUAGAAUUUGAGCUGAAGUGCAACAUUGUACCUAUCGGGAAAAUCAAAAGAGGGACGUUCUAUCACAGGGCUUUACUUUUCAAGGUGAUAGCAGACAGAAUGGGCAUUGGCUGUAGUUUAGUUCGUGGCAAGUAUAACAGAGCUUGGAAUGAAGUUAAAUUGGUUGAAGACUCUCCCAAAGGGCUUCUGCUUCCUCCUCAAGAGUAUGUUGUAGAUCUGAUGUUUGAACCAGGCUGUUUGAUGAAACAAGGAACUGCAAAGGCUGAUCAAUACAAACGUAUUUAAUCAUCUUGAUGAAUUUCACCAAAAUAAAUAUUUUAAAUAUGU